AUGCUUGAUGCCCGACUCAACUUUAAGCAGCAAGUGGAACACGUCUGUACCAAAGCAUCAGUAGUAAGAGCUAGUCUUGCACGAUUGAUGCCUAACGUCGGAGGCCCAAAGCAGAGCAGAAAACUACUCUUGUCAUCAGUAGUUACAUCGGUGCUCACCUACGGAAUAUCCAUUUGGGCUGACGCACUAGAGACGCAAGACUUAUGGAGAAAGGCCGGACCAAUAUAUCGGAUGAGUGCACUACGAGUCGCAAGCGCAUUCCGCACAGUAUCUAAGGAAGCGGUGUGUGUCAUUUCCGGAACUCUACCUCUUAAAGUUCUAGCUGAGGAAAGACGGAACCUAUAUCAUCGAAAAGCGUCAACCACACUGAGUGCUGAAGAACUCAAGGCAAAAGAACGACAGAAGAGCAUCGCACGUUGGCAGUGA